AUGUUGAAAGUUAUUGGAAGUGAGGCUGUCAAGCAAUAUUAUUUAGCUCAAAGAGUCCUUUAUCUACUCACAAGAUCAAAGACAACUCCUACUGCUGAGCCUAAGGGUCCAUAAGUAUCAGCUGGAUCUCUUAGAAAGAUCCUCACUAAUGAUGUGUCAGCUUACUAAGAAUCUAGUUCAGGAAACUAUAUUGUAGAUGCAGAUGGUAAUGUUUUGCUUGAUGUUUGUGGAACUGAGUAAAAUCCACUUGGCUAUAAUCAUGAUGCCCUUUUAAAGAAUGCUUACAGCAAGGAGAUGGAUGCUCAUGUUAUAAAUUCAUUCAUUACAACAAAUGACACUGUAGGUGCAAAUCAAUUCAAAUAAAUUGAAAAUCUACUGAUGCCAAUUGCUCCAGCAGGUCUUAAUUCAGUUACCUUCACCAAGGGUGGUUCUGCUAUUGAAAAAGCAAUUAUGACAUCAAUGGCUGAGAGAAACACAGGCCUUGGAGAAAGAUUCACUGCUCUUGGAUUUUCAGGUUCAAAUCAUGGCUUUAAGAAUUCAUUUGUCAACAUUCACUUUAACAAUACUCAUAGACUACCAUCCUUCGACUGGCCAAUCGUCGAUUAUCCAAAUUCUGAAGCCGCUGAAUCUAAGACUCUUGAGGAAGUUUAAACUCAUCUUAGAAAUCAAAGAGAGAGGUCUUCUCCAGUUACUGCACUCUUAAUUGAGCCAGUUCAUUUCGCCACUGGUAGAAGUGCAUCAGAUAAUUUUUUCAAGGAACUUAGAUCACUUACCAGAGAUAGUGAAACAGCUCUUGUUGUAGAUGCUACUGAAACAGGUUGUGGCGCUACAGGAAAAAGUUUCUGGGGUUUCACAGGUCAAGCUGACUAUUUGAUCUUUGGCAAAAGAGCAUUAGUUGAGGGUUACUAUUCAAGACAAUCAAGCAAGCUUUUCUCAUUAACCUUUGGAGGAGAUUAACUCAGAUUAGAGUAGUUCGCAGUUCUUAAGCAAGCCAUUGACAAUGAAAAGCUAAUUGAUAGAGUCUCUAGAGUUGGAGCUCACCUCAGAAGACAAUUAGAGAAUGCUACUAAUGGCAAGAGCAAAAUUUCUGGUCUUACUGGAUAAGGAACUGCUUUGCACAUUAAUACACAAGAUGAAACCUCAGCUCAAUAACUACACAGCCAUUUACUCAGAUCAGGUGUUAUCACUAACUUAAAUGGUUCUAAUGGUGUUACUCUAAGACCUGCUUUAAUCUUAGAAGAGAAACAUGCUGACAUCAUUGCUCAAGCUGUCUAGAGAUUCUAAUGA